AGACCUAAGAACGCGUUCACACAAAAUCAUGUAUAAUCCGUAGAAAAUAUAUCAUAUUUUAUAAAAAUGACUAGAAAAAACAGCAUCGUGUUUGCAGCACUUUUCCUGUUAUGGAAAUUAUAUGUUGUAAGUGCUGUAACUGUAUGUACGAAAGACUUAUCAACUGGAGAGCAACACGGACUUACCAACAAAAAUUCUGUCAACGCUGAAACAGGAGUUCUUAUUGUGUUGACUCAAACUACUGAAUUUGGUUAUGACUGUUGCGGUUUCGUGUAUCAGUGGAGGUUUCACAGCACAACAGCAGGAUCAUUUGAUGCGCAGGUGUGGAGACCUCAAUCGACUAACCUGUAUCUAUUGGUGGGAAAUAAUACGUUAACAUCCACAAAUCCUGGUACAGAAGAAAUUCGCACUAUUGCCAAUGGUGAGAGAAUCCGAGUCAAUAACAAUGAUUAUCCUGGACUGCAUUCAACUGGAAGAUUGUUCGUAACUUUUAAAAAUGGAGGUCCAGAAAAUGUUAAGAAGUUAACAGGUAUAACAACAUCAAUCGCUGUGUCGGCUUCAAUUGAUACUUCAGGUGCAUCAGCAAUUAAUUCAGACUAUUCCAUUAUUUCAAAUUAUACACCAAGUGUAGCUCCACAGUUGACUGGCCUAGGUACAAUAACAGUUUAUAACGAUGACGUCUCGAUUGGAAAGGUUUUAGCCACAAUAACAUAUACUGAUAAUGACCAAGAGGAUAUUGGAAACCUCAUGUUGACAUUGGAUUCAGCUUCCAACAGUGGAACAAGUUAUUUUGAGCUUGUUGCAGACGAAAUUCGAAUAAAAGCGAUUCCUCCCGUGAAUACAUAUAAUCUACAAAUGACAGUAGAGGAUCCAUGCACUGUGUCAUCAACUGGAAUAGAAACUAUUGAUAUCAUUAAUAGACUUCCUGUUAUCAAUAACCUCCCAGAUUCUGCAUCUAUACCAGAGAAUACUGCUGACAAUACAUUGAUAUUUACAAUUAAUGCUACAGAUACAGUCACAGACCCGCUACCUUGUGCAAAGAAAUGGGGAGGAACUGUGCCAUUUUCUGUUAUCCAAAUACCCUUUACAACAGAUUAUGGAGUGUAUAAGAACGCUGGAGUCUUGCUGAACUAUGAUACCACAGCUUCAUACACACUUACAGUAGAAUGUGACGACGGAGAUGAUAAAGUCGAUGCUGCUCCCGUGAUACAGAAUUUACCUGAUAGUGUUAGUUUUCUGGAGGAUAUCAACACCAAUACUUUACUUCAUACAUUAAAUGUUACUGACGCGGAGAGUGACACAGUUACAUGCACACUUAAUCCAACCAGUACUAUAUAUGAUGUAUCGCUUAUUCCUCCUUUAAAUACUGGAUAUGGAAUCUAUCUGACAGGCGGGACAACUUUAGAUUAUGAUACAACUUCGUCAUACACUUUAUCAGUGCAGUGUAAAGAUGUUAGGCGGAGUGAUACGGAGAGUUUUACAGCCAAUCUAAUACGAAACACGCCACCAGUCAUAAACAGUUUACCAACAACCGAAAGUAUAUCAGAAGACCUCUAUACUAGAACAUUAGUGCAUAGUUUGAACGUUACAGAUGUUAAUACAGCUGAUACUGUGACAUGCGCAUUUAACCCAAACAAUGCUUUAUUUGAACUAAGUAAAUUACCACCAGCCUUAGUUGAUUACGGAGUUUUCCUAGUUGGAGGGACAGUUUUGGAAUAUGAUGUCACUCCUUCUUAUACCUUAAAUAUUGAUUGUGCUGAUCACAGGAGAACUGUCUCCGACGUCUUGACAGUUGCACUCAUUCGAAACGAGCCACCAACAAUUGUAAACCUACCAAUGAGUGCAGACAUAUUGGAAAGUAUUACUUUAGAAAGUUUGGUGUAUACCAUAUCGGUGACAGAUCCGACCAAUGAUACAGUAACAUGUGUUAUUACUCAAGCAACUUCUAUAUUCUACCUCCAAACCACAUCAGCGCAAUUUGAAACCGAAAUAUGGGUUCGAGGUAAUCAAGGGUUCGUGUAUGACACUAAAAGACAAUAUACCUUAAAUAUAGAAUGUGCUGACCACCGAAAAAAUGAUUCUGCAGUGUUUUACGUUUACAUUCUUCGAAAUAUGCCUCCAUACUUCCCCAGUCUUCAAGAUAAAACAAGUGUUUUGUCACGGAUAUCAGCUGUUGGUCAAAUCAUUUACACUGUACAAAGUGUAGAUCCAGAGAGUGACAACGUACAAUAUUCUUUGUCAUCUAACACUUUGAAUGCGCCAUUUAUUAUCAAUCAAAACACUGGUGCCAUAUCUCUUACCCGCUCUAUACAGACUGAGCAAGUAGCCGGCUAUGAUUUGUACAUCAGUGUAUCAGAUGGACAAAAUGUGGUGGCUGCACGAUCUUUAUCAGUUCGUAUUACAGAUGUUAAUUCCCCGCCACAUUUUCAAGUUCCUGCGCAGAUAUUAACUGUUUUAGAAAAUAUAAAUUCUGGAUCGCCCAUUUUCCAACCAACAAUUACAGAUGAAGACUUGUCUGAUGUUCAUACGUUUUCUGUCGUUUAUUCUCCGCCAGAUGGCGCUGUUUAUUUCGGCGUCGACAAAUCAACUGGAUUAAUAGCAUCUUUAGUUGAUAUUGAUUACGAAACGAUUCCAUUCAAGUCAUUUUUGUUGGUGAUAACUGGCUCAGAUUCCCUGUUGGAAGACACUACGAAUAUUACAUUGAAUGUGCAGAAUGUAAACGAGGCUCCCGUGUUUACAAAGAAGUAUUACUCACUUACAACUCCAGAAAAUAGUGGUGGAACAAUUAUUCAGAAUCCCUAUUACCAGUAUACAGACGUAGAUGGUGACACUGUUAAGUUUUUCCUUGACUGUGGUGCUGACACAGGCCGAUUGGAUAUUAAUUCGUCCUCAGGUCUCCUGUCGUUUUCGGUAGACUAUGAUCUAGACAUGGUCGGCACAGCAUCUGAGAUAAACUGUAAGGUUACUAUAACUGAUGAUGAAUAUACAGAUAUGGCGUACGUUAAUAUAACAAUAAUGGACGAUAAUGAUAAUUCCCCCGUGUUUGUCUAUAGGGAAUACACGUUUUACAUACCAGUAACUUCAAGUGUUGGGUCAUUUGUCGGACAAGUACAUGCAGUUGAUAAUGAUAUUGGAAACUAUGGAAAUGUCCUUUACCAUAUUGCACUCGAAGAUUUCAACUACGGUUUGUUCGAUGUAGCCCAAAACGGUUCGAUAUUUGUCAGCGAAAGUUUGACUCACUAUGCUGAAGGUUCUUCAUUGAAUCUUACCAUAUAUGGUGUUGAUCCAGGAGGCAGGGAGGGUCAAACAAUGGUUUAUGUUGUAUUUCCAACGACUCAUGUGGCGCCCAUAACUUCAGGGGAUGGUAUCCAGUACUUAACAUUCUUCCGAUAUUCCCCGAACAUGGCUUGGUUCGUUCCUCUGAUGUUUAUUCUUUUUGCCACCUUCUGUGUUGUUGCACAUACUAUUUACAAAUCAAAUUGUUCAUGUUUGAAAAAAAAUGAACAGAGCAUUCGUAGUAAGAAGCGGAAAAGACCAAAGAAAUCAUUUCAAAUAUAUUGAUUCAAGAAAGAUAUCAAAUAAUAACUAUGUUUGUUGUACAAAUACAAAUAUAUAAAUUCAUAUACAAUGUAUAUGAUGUUCUUUAGAAUUAAUUCAGAUUAUGUUUUGCCUAAAAUAAAUUAUCA